GGAAAAAGCCAGACCGUAAACAAAGCAGCUUUCCGGCGAGUGUUGCUGUUUUGAAACUCUCUUGAGAGUCGUCGAUUCCAUCCUCUCUCCCUCCAAAUUUCACUCCCCAAAACUCACAUUGCUGCUGCCUCUGAUAUAGGGUUAGGGUUUGUUCUUGACGAAAUCUAUCCAUGGCUAGAGUGAGGAGCCGGAGCAGAAGCUAUAGCCCCCGUCCUCGUCACAGGUCACCACCGCGCGACCGUAAAAGCUACGAAGAGAGCCGCCACCGUGAACGACCUUCUUCUCGCGACCACGAAUCUUCUGAUCCUUCGGGUCUGCUCAUCCGUAAUCUCCCUCUCGAUGCUAGGCCGAACGAUCUAAGGGAUUCGUUUGAGCGUUUUGGUCCACUCAAGGACAUAUACCUACCGAGGAAUUAUUAUACUGGGGAGCCAAGAGGGUUUGGAUUUGUUAAAUACUGUUAUGCUGAAGAUGCAGCUGAGGCAAUGAAGCGAAUGAAUCACAAAGUUAUUGGUGGGCGUGAGAUAACCAUUGUUUUUGCUGAGGAGAACCGGAAAACUCCACAAGAAAUGCGUACUACUAACCGUACAAGUGGUCGACAUGGGGACUACAAGAGGACUUCACACAGAUCACCAAGGCGCAGAUAUCGUUCUCAUUCACAUUCACGCUCUCCUUCGAGGCGAGACUCAAGGCACAGUAAAGUAAGAGAGGAUGAUUUGUACUCUCCUCGAAGGUCAAGAUCUAUCUCCCAUUCUCCUUUGCCCCGAAAUGAGAAGAAAUACAAGUCUAAUAAUGUGUCUCAAAGCCCAAGGAGAAACCGUAGAAGUCCUGGAGAAGAGAGGGUGCUUACUCCAAUUAGGUCUCGAAGUCUGUCAAGGUCACGUUCUCGAUCAUUAAGUCGUUGAUAAAUAAGAAGAAGUGGGUUUCUAAGAUGUUCUUCUGGCUUUGAAGAAGACAAAUUUCUUACUGAAACUCUGAAACAUAAGGAUCUUAAUCAUUUUUUUGGGUUGAUUGUCUGUUUCACUCUUUAGAUAACCAAGCUUAAUUUCCCUUUUGUAAAAAACCUUAGAAGAUUCUCGAAAAAGUUCACUUCAUUGACA